AUGCCGUGCAUCGAGCUUUACUUCCUGUUUCUUACCUGUUUGGUAUGCUGGGAAAUCACCACAGCCACAGAGGAGCGCAGAAAACAGACCAGUAGAGACCAGAGCAGACCACUCCGAACUCCAACAGAAACUUCCUCUCAACCCUCGAGACCAGGUUUUUCCUCCGGGACAGAACCGCGGCUGUCCAGCGUGACUGGAGAAACCAGUUCAGAGAGUCCAGAGGAGACCAGUCUGUCAACAUGGACGCCCAGCAGGGAGCUCAGGGACUUGCUGGUGGACAUGUACACAGAUAAUCCCAGACUGAACGCGGAGCUGCGACAACGUCUGCCUUCACCUGCCAGACAACAACUCAUCAACCCUGACAGAUCAGGGACCGGUCUGAGUCUGGACUACAUCGAGUGGCCUCAGGCUUCCCAGCACCUCCAGGAUCAUCCAAGCUCCUGCUCCCCCUCCCCUCUGUCCCACAGGAGGUUUGUCUCUCCUGUCUCACCCCUCUUCCACAGGAGGUCUGUCUCUCCGUUGCCUUCCAGACCUUCAGGAGGUGCAGGGGAGAUGGAGAUGGACCCCAGCAGAGACCCUUCUCCUCGGGCAGAGAGCUGUGGAGGUGGAGCACCCAGAGGACCUGGAAGUCCCGCCCAUAGAAGACACCUGGUCACUGCUGACGACAGUCUUCAUCAGGACGUCUCAGUUGGUGGACUCCAGAGUUUUGAUCGAGACAGGAACAUCUCGUUUCUCCUGAAGGAGCUCGACGCUCUGAGAGAACUCAACAAGAAGCUGCAGGACCAGCUGCUUCAGAAGGAGAAGGAGCUGCAGAGGAGGGAGGUGGAGGAGGAGCUGAGGGAGGAGCAGAGGGAGGCCCGAGGCUGGGAGAGACCUGCUGCGGUGUUGGAGGAGGUGUUGGCAGCUCAGAAGGACAGAGAUCAGGCUCUGAUGUCACGACUCCUGUUGGCCAAUGAGGAGAGAGACGAGGCUCUGCUUCGUGCACGCCGACUACAGCAGGCUGCUGAGUUGGAGAGGUCUAACCUGUUGGACUCUGACAUGGAUGUGGAUGAGCUCCUUCAGUGUGUCUGUGAUGCUGAUUCCGUCCAGGAAGUCGAACAGUUCGGUUUAAUUCUGGUCCAGCGUCUGCAGUUGGCACGGCAACGACGGAAUGACAUCACUGCUCAGGAGAUGAAGGCUGUAAUGGAGGAGAGAGACGGUUCUGUCGCUAGGUGUAAACGUCUGGAACAGGAUCUGAUUCAGGAGAGAGAGCAGAGGGCAACCAAGGAGGAGCUGCUGAGGCUUCAGAGAGAGAAGGAUGGUGCUCUGGAUGACAGGUGGCGGCUGGAGGCGGAGCUACAGGCGCAACGAGCCGAUCACAGCUUUCAACACCUCCUCACCCCCCCUCCCUCGCUGCCAGCUGAUGGUGUCUCUUCAAUGAGUUCGUCAGAAGCUCUAUCUCCUGAGGCCCUGCCCCCUCAGACCCCACCCUUGCUGGUCCAGCUGCAGCAGCUAUCAAAGGAAAAGCAAAGCGUGGAGGCGGAGCUUCAGCGCUGUCAGGAGGCGGAGCGAGAGGCCGGCGAGAGAGUCCGCAGGUUGGAGCGUCUGGUCGAGGUUCUGAGGAAGAAGGUCGGGACAGGAAGCCUCCGAGCCGUCAUCUGAUCUUUUAUAUCAAUUAACUUUAUUAUCUUCCUUCAGGCUUUUCUUUAGUGAACAAACCUGCAGCUCUGUUAUUAUUAGUCUUUAUAAUCGUUUUAUUAUGUAUAUCAGUGAUGAUCAACCUACAGAAGGUUCUCUCCUUUUUUCUUUAUAUUCUUUGUUUAGUAUCUUAAACUAAUGUAAACCCAAAAAGAAAAUCCUUAAAGCAUUACAGUUUGAAGUGUUUCAUUUUUGGUUCAUUUUUGUGUUGAAGUGUAAUCAGGAAAUAUAUAAUUAAGAUGAUGGAACUAAUUCUCAUUGUAAUCAGCUGUUUCUUUCAUGCUAUUGUGUGUUACAUAUGAUGCUAUGAUGGAGUGAU